AUCGAGUGCCACCUGUUUUCACUCUCCGUGCCUCAGGACGAGGGCUUCGUGGCUGGCACAGCAUGGUCCAGGCCUGCUUGGCAUGCUCCAGAGUUCAUAACGUCAAUGUGACAGCGUGGACAGCCAGGACAGACAUGGACAAGACGGACAAGCCCAGUCCCUCUGCUAAGAAGCACGUGCGUCUCCAGGAGAGAAGGGGCUCCAACGUGUCACUGAUGCUGGACAUGAGCUCACUGGGGAACGUGGAACCCAUCCAGCCUGUCUGCACACCACGGGACAUCACGAUGAAGUUCCUAAGGACAUCCAGCCACAUACUGAGAAAAGAGGAGCUCCAGCAACGUGCCCAGAACCUGACAGAGCUCCAGGAGGAGUUUUCGAAAAUACCCCCCAAUUUCAUCAAUCCAGAGGAGCUGGAGAUCCCUGGACAUGCCUCCAAGGACAGAUACAAAACCAUCCUCCCCAAUCCCGAGAGUCGGGUCUGUUUGAGGAGGGCAAGGAACAAGGAGGAAGACAGCUACAUAAAUGCCAACUACAUCACGGGCUACGCCGGGCGCAGCCGGGAGUACAUUGCCACGCAGGGGCCCAUGCUGAACACUGUGACUGAUUUCUGGGAGAUGGUGUGGCAGGAGGAGACACCACUCAUCAUCAUGAUAACCAAGCUCCAGGAACGCAAAGAGAAAUGCGUCCACUACUGGCCUGAGAAGGAGGGUACUUACGGCCCCUUCACCAUCCGUGUGCAGGGGGUUAGCGAGUGUGUGGAGUACGUGAUCCGGGACCUCUCCAUCCAGCUUGAAGGUGAACGCCGCCAGGUCAAACACAUCUUCUUCCCUUCCUGGCCGGACCAGCAGACACCUGAGUCAGCCAAGCCACUGCUGCACUUGGUGUCCAAGGUAGAGGAGACUCUGAAGGCUGCAGCCAACAAGGGGCCCAUUAUCGUGCACUGCAGUGCAGGAAUUGGACGGACGGGCUGCUUUAUUGCUACCAGGAUUGGCUGCCAGCAGUUGAAGGACACGGGAGAGGUGGAUAUCCUGGGAAUUGUGUGCCGUCUCCGCAUAGAUAGGUAG